AAUGAAAUAUAUUUUUCAUUUUUAAUUAUGCUAUUGCGUCCUUAUAUAAUAUUUUCAUAUAUGAUAAUUUUUUCUUUUUUUUACACUUAUAUAAUUAUAACAUUAAUUAUUUUAUUCCGACUACAUUCAAAGGAAAAGGAUGUUCGAUAAAAAAACUUAAAUGAUAAGUCGCGUAUCUUUCUCGUCAAAUCAGUGUUAUAUAUACUCGUUAAAAUCAUUUUAGUUUCUAUUAUAUCUUGUACUAUUUUAUUAUAUUUGAAUAAAAAAUUAUUUUUUAUAAAUUUACAAUAAAAUAUAAUACGAAUUAUCGAUAAAUAUAUCGACAAAAUGUUUAUCUUUGAUAACAUUCGUUAUGACCAUUCUGGACUAUUCACUAUUCUAAAAGUUAUUGCCAAUCUUUGGAAAUACUAGUCAUGAAAAUAAAGAUAUACGAAAGUUUAAAAUUGUUUGAACAAAGAUAAUGCUUUUCAAUCUUUCUAUAUUAUGAUUCAUAGUUAUCCUUGAUAAAAAAGUAAACCAAUUUUGGAAUAUGAGAAACAGAUAUGGGAAUUUAGCUUGAACAAUUGUACAAACUAUUUGAAAGAAUACUUGUAAUAUUACAUCACGUAUUUCAUGAAUCAUAUAAAUGAAACAUGAUUUAUUUCAAACACGUUUUCGUGCGACGAGAUGGUAUGUCGAAGUGAACUGUUACUGUUGUCACUGAAUUAUUUAUUGACAACGAUUCUUGAAUAGUGAACGUGAAAGAGAAGAACAUAAUAUACAAGUCUAAAAAUGCAUAUUAAUUAAAUGUACGUCAAUUUAUAUGGCAAUUAAGAUACAUUUAUCACAAUGAAAAAAUAUUGCGAUUAAUGAAUUGAUGCGUUUAAUAAAUUCUUUUAAGACUGUUUUCAUGCAAUGAAUUGCGCUUAUUGAACAUAUUAUUUUAUUAACAUAAUUAUUUUUUGUUCAUAUCUUAUUUUUUUAUAAAUAUAAUAUUAAUUUGUAUUAAUAUCUAAUCAUCCAAAACAGUGAAAGAUAUUGUCGAUACUGAAAACGAUGUUAGAUGAAAUAUUUAUAAUAUGAAAACUACUGAAUUUUAAUUCUUUAAAUUUAAUAUUAUUUUUUACUAUAUAGAACUCAACAUGCCUUUAUAAAUCAUACUGCAAUAUUCAAAUACUUCAAAUUUUGAAAAUUUACUAAAAUGGAAUAUAAUUUAUUCCAAUAUCAUAUAUCUAUAUAUAUAUAUAUAUAUACAUACUUAAAUAAUUUUGUUUCGUUUUUUUUUUUUUACUAACAUUUAAUUUCAAUCUCAAAAUGACAUUAUUCUACAAAAGAUUUUAUACUUAUUACAAUACCUUUUCUUAAAUCACUACAUUUAUAGAUACGAAAUUACGCGUAUUUUAACGAAUAAAAAAUUUCCUCUCCUUUUUUCUUCUCUCGUCCAGAAAGAAAACCCAAUAAAACUAUCUCGGUUACGAAAUGCACGCAUAUAUCGAUCACCAUUGCUCACCGGACCGGAUAUAAAGCUUCGGCGAACAUUGUUCGCGGUUUACCUUGAACACACGGAGCGUCGUAAUAAAAAACCGCGAAGAGGCUCGUAUAUAGGAUAGUAAGCGGGACGAGGUGGUCUAACAGUCGAUGCCCUUCUUUAGCCGUGACGGCGAUCACGCCUACGAUCAACAAAGUCCUGGUGGAGCCUAGGCUGGCGCCAGUCACGAGGAUCGUACGUACGCGCGACGUACGGAACAAGUUGCCGAUUGAAAACGGAAAGAGUGGAAGAAUGCAAAGGGAGGAACGUGAUAGUGGCCACCCCCUCUCGGUUUUGUCAAGAUAGUGGUAGCCAUGAGCGCGUCCGCUCUUCAUUCUGUCCGGCUCGGUGGCCUUUAGUCGACCAGGCGAACCUAUCGAGCGAAGAAGUAAGAGAAGCACCGCGUGUGUGCCAACCGGAUAGAGGCGAGGUUGAAUGUGACCGAGAGAAAUGCAGCCCGGAACGAAGCGUGCGAGAUUCUGUUCCACGAUAAUAGCGCUACUGUUCCUCAUAGGCUAUAACGUGGACGCUACGUGGAAGAGGCGGGAGGACAAGACCAAGUGUCCUAAAGUAAAGGGAAUCAGAAAUUUUGACAUAUCCGAGUUCCUCGGGUCGUGGUAUAUAGUGCAGUACUAUGCAAGCUCCGAGGAGGCCCUCGCUUACAGAUGCAUGCGAGCCGAAUUGUCGAUUUCCCCGGAAAGCACCGAGGUUACAAUGAAUUUCACUUAUAGCUUCACAGACGAUCCUAUCAAUGAGCAACUCGUUGGCAAUAUCACCUGGAAGAUACCAUCCCCUGAACUGCCUGCACAUUGGGUGCACGCUGAGUAUCCGUAUGAAGGAGUGUACAAUACGUAUGUACUAGAUUCGGAUUAUAAAUCUUGGGCAUUGUUGAUGCAUUGUGCGGAACAAAGCAAAACUCCUCGAUACUUAUCGAGCUUCAUCAUGAGCCGAGAGCCGAGUCUUGGAACUAACGUUAUUUCUUAUCUACGCGAGAAGUUGCCCAGAUAUGACAUCGAUCUGGAGUACAUGUUCCCCAUGGAUCAGAAUCAGUGUAACAAAACAGAAAUUUCCGAAAUGGAUAUGUUGAUUCCACCAUCAGUAAUAGCCAGAAGAAACAAUGCUGCACGGAAACACCCUCUGAAACGGAAGCAUCGACGUGUUUAAAUUUAUUAUGCACUAUUUGUUUAAAUAGGUACGAUCUUAUAUAUAUUUAGUUUUAAUAACUAUACUUGGCAAUAAAUGUAUUAUAUUUUCCUUUAGGAUUAUUAAUUCAUUCUAUGUUGUUUAAAAUACAAUAAUAAAAAGUAUUAAUUUUAUUUUCAUAUGUGUUGCAAUAUUGUAUCUAUUAAUAAAUACACAUUUUCUCGUAUUAAUACAUAA